AUGGAUAUCGCCAACUUCUUUGGUCAAAAAUCCAAGGACUUCUACGAACGUGGGAUCCUCUCUUUACCAAAACGUUGGCAACAAUUAAUAAAAAUAAAAUUUUUGAAAAAAACGCAAAAACUUUGUUGCCAACCUAAUAAUAACCUCACCGCCAAAUCGUUUACAGGAGGCCAAUGCAAGUGCAAUUCCACUAUAAAUCCAUUCCCCCAGUCCGAAUCCAGUGAAUGGACUCCAUAUUCUGAUGCACAACAUGUACUUAUAGAAAAACACUUUACCGAUGGUAAACUUAACCCAACAUUAGACGAUUAUACCAUCGAUUUCACACAUGACAUGCAAGUUUCCCUAACACAUGCCAAUACACAGCGGCCCGUUAAACGAUUCCUACGGGAACAAAAUAAUUUUCAUCCAGAACAAAACGGUAUCGUUGAAGACAAGUCUGGUAGUAGUUAUCUUCGUCUUGGUCUUCUUGGUCUUCUUAAUUUUCUUCUUGCUGGUGCUCUUGGUGUUCAUCUUCUUGUUAAUAAUCCUGUUUCUCCUGCUUAUGCUGCUUAUCUUAGUGGUGGUGGUGCUGGUGGUCUUCUUCUUCAUCUUCUUGGUCGUGCUCUUCUUUGUCUUGGUGCUGGUCCUUUGGGUAUUUAUCUUGGUCUUGCUCUUCGUCGUGCUGAUGAUCUUGGUCGUCAUCUUCUUUAUACUUUUCUUGCUAAUCUUUUUCUUGUUCUUCUUGUUCUUCUUGUUUUCCCUACUGCUCUUUUUCUUGCUCCUCUUCUUGGUGUUAACCUUCUUCUUCUUUUUUAUCUUCUUUUUUUUUGGUGCUGUUGUUGUUGGUGCUUGUGCUUUUUGUGUACUCCAAAAGUGAGUACACUACUAAAAUCGGACCAGCACCAAGACAAAGAAGAGCACGAAAANUUGUAUAUUGCGUUUGGGAUUAUAAUCGAUAUACAAAAGCAGUUGAUCAACACGCUGGGGGAUCCUGUGCCACCUGAACUUCGUCUUCCUCCUGCAAUUGUGGGUGCUUUUGCUCUCCCUAUCGGUUUAUUUUGGUUUGCUUGGACAAAUUAUCCAUCAAUUCAUUUUAUAGUUCCAAUUUUAUCAGGUGUACCAUUUGGAUUUGGCAUGUUACUAGUAUUUUUAGCUUUGAUGAAUUAUUUGGUUGAUACUUAUCUCAUAUAUGCAGCCAGCGUUCUUGCUGCUAAUUCAGUUCUUCGUUCAAUCUUUGGGGCUGUUUUUCCCCUUUUCACCACUCAAAUGUUUCACAAUUUGGGUACUCAUUGGGCUACAAUGGUUCCUGCUUUUCUUGCUACAAUCUGUCUGCGAAUGCCGUAUAUUUUUUGGAAGUAUGGAUCAAUUAUUCGAAGUUGGUCAAAGUAUUCAUCAGAAGCAACGGCUUUCGUGGUUAGAAAGUCAACAGCAAAAGCAGAGGAAAAUCCUUUAGAAGUGAAGCCAGCAGGAGGAACGAUCGAAGAAAACGAAGAUAUUCAAGAAGCUGCUGUUGUUAUUAGACUGUAA